UUGGAAAGUUGAGAAGGAAGUGUUUCUUCUUCCAGAUUAAACAACAACUCCACAAUGAGGUUUCUGAUUGAGAUUCACUUCAUCUGGACAUGGACUGGACAGAGGGAUUUUACUGGGAAUCUUUGAAUUCAGAUUUCUUUCCUGCAACUUGCUGAAGUGAAGCUGAUCCAUCAACAUUCUUUCAAUGUUUUGCCGCUCGUGUUUUGCGUGUGUCGCAGCUCACAUUGGAAAUACUUGAUAUCUGUGGCUGAGUGGAAAUGUGGACCCGGGUUGCAUGUGGAGUCGGGACUCGCAGAGGAACUCUCUGCAUGCUGCUGCUCCUCCUGCUCUGCUGCUUCGGGGGGGAGUGUGAGCUCCAGGAGUCAAAACCUGAGGAGCCGAUAGGACUUCCUCCCGUCAAACCUUUCCCCGAUGAGAUCAAUGAGCCUCAGGCCUUUCCCGAGGAGGAGAGGGCCUACCUCCCUGUGUUUACUAUGGACUACCCCCGCAUCCAGGUCCCCUUUGAGUUCACUCUGUGGAUACUGCUGGCUUCCUUUGCCAAAAUCGGUUUCCACAUUUACCACAAAAUCACCAUCUGGAUCCCGGAGUCCUGCCUCCUGAUCGUCAUCGGCCUCGUGGUCGGCGGCAUCAUGUACUCGGUCAAAGAGGAGCCCCCCGCCGUGCUCAACUCCAACGUCUUCUUCCUCUACAUGCUGCCGCCCAUCGUUCUGGAAAACGGCUACUUCAUGCCCACGAGGGCUUUCUUCGAGAACGUGGGCACGGUGCUGUGGUACGCCGUGGUGGGGACGCUGUGGAACAGUAUCGGCAUCGGGCUCUCUCUGUUCGCCAUCUGCCAGUUUGAGGUGUUUGGAGUUCAGGAUAUCAACCUGCAGGAGAACUUGCUGUUUGCCUCCAUCAUCUCGACCGUGGACCCUGUGGCUGCUCUGAACGUGUUCGAGGACAUCGGCAUCAACGAGCAGAUCUACAUCGUCAUCUUCGGAGAAGGACUCUUCAACGACGCCGUCACGGUGGUUCUGUACAGCAUGUUUUCCUACUUUGCCUAUCUGCCCGUCGCCGAAACGACCGACGUGUUCCUGGGGGUGGCCCGUUUCUUCGUGGUGGGCGUCGGAGGCAUUCUCUUUGGCCUCCUGUUUGGCUUCGUGGCGGCCUUCACCACCCGGUUCACCCACAACGUGCGUCAGAUCGAGCCCCUCUUCGUCUUCAUGUACAGCUACCUGGCGUACCUGGUGGCCGAGCUGUUCGCCAUCUCCAGCGUGUUGGCCAUCAUCACAUGUGCCAUCACCAUGAAGUACUACGUGGAGGAGAACGUGUCUCAGCGAUCCUGCACCACCAUCCGUCACGUGGUGAAGAUGCUGGCCACCAUCUCAGAAACCCUCAUCUUCUUCUUCCUGGGCGUCGUCACCAUAACCACCCAGCACGAGUGGAACUGGGCCUACAUCCUGUUCACGCUGCUUUUCGCCUUCAUCUGGCGAGGACUCGGGAUCCUGGUGUUGAGCCAGAUCAUCAACCCGUUCCGCACCAUCCAGUUCACCUUCAAGGACCAGUUUGGACUGGCCUACGGGGGCCUGCGAGGGGCAAUCUGCUUCGCCCUGGUCUACACUCUGCCCGAGACCGUCAACAGAAGGAACCUGUUCGUCACGGCUUCCGUCGCCAUCAUCAUUUUCACAGUUUUCAUACAGGGAAUCAGCAUCCGUCCCAUCGUGGAGUAUUUAAACAUCAGAAGAACCAACAAAGUCAUGACCUCCAUCAACGUAGAGAUUCACACCCGGACGAUGGAGCAUGUGGUCUGUGGUAUCGAGGACCUCUGUGGACAGUGGAGUCACUAUUACUGGAAGGACAAGUUUAAGAAGUUCAACGAUCGUUUUCUGAGGCGGAUCCUGCUUCGAGACAACAAGGCCGAGUCCAGCAUCGUGUCUCUGUAUAAGAAGCUGGAGCUGCAGAACGCCAUCGACCUCCUGGACACGCCCGUGUGGGACCUCAGUGCAGCGCCCUCUAUUGUCUCCCUGCACGACGAGAAGAUGGAGGCGUCUCGACCGAGGAGGAAGUUCCUGGCUGCUGACGUGAGCAAGAUGCACGACAUCCUGUCCAGGAACAUGUACAAGAUCCGACAGAAGACGAUGGCGUACACCAACAAGUACAAUCUGCCGGACGAGAGCCUGACCAGGGAGAUUCUGAUCCGCCGCCACGUGAGCAUCAGACGAAGCCUUCGAGCUGAAAGUUCCCGUGAGAAUUCGUCACAGAACCCCCCCCGCUCUCAGAAAUACUUCUCCCUCCAACCCGGAGCCGAUCUGGAGUCGUCCUUUCCCCUCAGAAGACGGAGUCAGGGUGGCAGCGAGCUGGACCGUGUCUCAGCUCGUCUCCAGUCGUCCAGUGCGUCGCCCCGCUCCUCCGCCCGCUCCUCCGCCCGCUCCUCCGCCCGCUCCCUGGCUGCCGGGAGGUUGAACACCAUCAAGGAGGCAGGAAGUGCUGGGACACGACCCGCUGCCCCCCGGAGACGCAGCUCGGAGCGGGACGAGGGAGAUGAAGACCCACAUCCAGGUGGAGCAGGCGUGGAAGCAGAGCGUCCUCCUCCGCCUCCACCAGGCUGGGUACCUGAGAACCAGGAUCCAGGAGAAGCUGAGGCAGGAAAUCCUUUAAUCAGACACUCGUCCCAGGGGCCUCGAGGUUCAGGGAGGUCGUGAUGAUCAGAGGGAAGUAGGUUCCGUCCGGUUGAUGUAAAUCUCCACAUUCCCUGUUCGGCUCUUUUCUACAGAAAUGUGGCUCUUGCGCUCUAAUUCAACCGAGAGGAAGUUCACGUCCAUCCUCUUCUAACUUCCACAAAAUCGCACUAAAAUAAAAACUGCAAUUCUCAGUAUUCUCUGUACGGUACACGUGUAUGAAAUAUUUAAAGUUAUACAUUUUUUAAACAGCGCGAUGUGAUUUUUAUGUAUGAAAUAAAUCUCAACAAAACUCAA